ACAUUGCGGCAUCGGUUGUAAAUUUCAUACUGACAGUUUGAAAGGAAAUUGUCUUUUGCGGUAGCUGACAUUGAUGAAUGGAUUUGUGGUUUGUAGCUUUAAUUUGUGGCAGUGUCGCUACAGUCUGGGGUAGGACAGCAUGAGAUACUGGGUUUUCAGAACAAAACGGCAUGAAGUCCCACUGGUCCCACAGUAACGUCGUGGAGAACCACCACUGGGGAGUUUCCUCAGCUUUCAGGGUGACUGAGCACGUUUUCAGAAAUAUGACAUUCUCUCUGCUCUGCUUCUUUUUGAGUAACGUUACUUCUUUAUCAUUUUGUGAUCUCUUGGAACAUUGUCAGGUUUCACUCUGAGAAACUCUGCUCUGAUCUAAACUAUAGCAGACCUAUACGGAGGGGACACAGUUGUACCCUCUGAUGUCAAGCUCUUUGUCUCCUUCAUCUCUUCUGUCUGGCUCCCAGAAUCUUUUCUCCCAGGAAAGAAUAUUGUUGACAUAGAGAAUACUACUAAGGAUAUUUUAUGACUGACAUUUUAGCUGGAUACUUAACACUCUUCCCAUUUGUUUCACAAUCUUUAUGCAUUUCUACAACAAAUCAAUUCAUAAUUAUUGUCCACAGCUCUUGGAACUAUCAAAAAAAUAAUGUACAGCGAACACGUGGGUUUUUUUCCCGAUAAAUCUUAACAGGAAGUGGGUGAAAUGAAGCACCACCGGCUUGUGUGAGCUGUGCUUCCUCCACCCAGUGGCCCAGCACCAAGCUGCUAGCAGGGGGAGCUGCUGUAGUUUCCACAGCAGCCAGUUUGUUUGCCUUCCGAGCAGUUCGAGCCACCUCCUGCAGUAUUUAGUCGCACAUUUAAAAAGAAACUGUGCUGCUGCUGCUGAGGAGGCUGAGAGACCCUUGAGUCGUCUCUGAGGCUGAAAGACCCUUCCAAGGGAAAGGGAACUGAGGACGGGGCACUUGGCCAGGCUUUGAACUUCAGAGCAGUUCAGUCGAGGAGCAAGCUCAGUCCGGAGGUUCAAUAUUCCAAGAACUGACCUGCAUUAUAUCCAGAAACUUUCCAAAUAGCAAUGGCCAGACUGUUGCAAGAUCCAUCUAAACUUCAUGCCUCAGAAUGGUACACUGCAAACAGGUUGCAGCGUGCCAGUACAGAGUCCCAGAAAUCCAGGUCAGAAUGCAUGACAGCUGAGAGUAGCAGGCUGGUGGAUGAAAUAGAAAAGACAACUCAAAAAACUCAAAGUGAUGUCAACAAGAAAUUAGAACAGAGACGGGAAGAGAUAAAAUUCUGGAAGCAAGAAUUAGAUAACAAGCUAGAACAAAUUGUUCAUGAGACAGAGAUUUUGUUGACUUUCAAGAAUAGGCUGGAGAGAGCUUUGGAGGGCUGCAAAGAGCCCCUUGUCAUUGCCCAAAAGUGUCUCCUGUACAGGCAGAAGCGAGUUGGGGUUGACUUGGUGCAUGAUGAAGUAGAACAGGAACUGCUGAAGGAAGCUGAAGUCCUCCAGGGGAUUAUUGCUUUACUUGGACGUACAUUGGAACAAACAAAUGAGCAAAUCAGACGAAACCGUUCAGCAAAAUAUGACCUGGAAAUGGAUCUGAAGGACAAAUUCAUAGCUUUGACAAUUGAUGAUUACUGUGCCAGCUUGACAAAUGACAGUCCUCAUAUUAUAUAUGCUGAUAAUGCAAUGGAACUAGAAGGAAAUUUUGUGAGCCCUGAGGACUGGAUAGAUUUCUCAAACAUAAAUGUUGAAAAGGCUGACAAGCAGCGAAACAAUUCUUUGUCACUGAAGGCACUUAUCAAUGGCAUCCUUUCACAGAUAGCAAAUGACAUGCGCAGGCAAUGUGAGAUGGUGAAUACUGCUUUUAGAAAUAGGGUGAAGGAAGUCAAGGAUGCCAAGGACAAGCUAGAGACACUUCUUGCAAUGGUGAUGGAUGAGACUGCCUCACAGGAGAAGAACAUUGCAGCCUUAAAGAAAGCAAUUGCUGAUACGGAAGCACCUGUAAAAGUGGCUCAAACCCGCUUGGAAGCGAGGAACCAUCGCCCCAAUGUGGAACUGUGCUAUGACACAGUGCACAGCAGCCUGAUGAGUGAAGUCCAAGAGAUUACCAAAAAUCUUCAAAGAUUAAAGGAUGCAUUGGCACAGGCUCAGACAGAGCUGAAAGGCCUGAGCCGCCGGCAGCUUUCCUUGGAGGAAGAGAUCAAGGUCAAGGAGAACACACUGUACAUUGAUGAAGUGCUGUGCAUGCAAAUGAGAGAGUCUGUUUGCAUAAACAAUUACUGAAGUCAUUAUACUGGGAGACUGUGCUCCAAAGAACCAGCUCCUACUGAAAUUUUAUUUGCAAACUUCUAAAUUUAUUGGCUUGGCUCAAUGCUGUCUAGUUGCACAAGGUAGUUAAAACAGACCUAGUACUUACAGCUGUUUGUUUCAGGACUAUCUAUGCUCUAAAAUGUUUGAUGAAAUCUUCCUCUUGGCAAUAAACACCAGAAUAAUG